AUGGCUUUCACGCCCGGACAAAGGGGGACCAACGCAAUAUUUUGCGCGUGGAAAGCGGUUCCCCGCCCAGGGGGCGGGCGGACCAUCCAUGGACCCCUUGCCAAAAUCGCCCAAUACACGCCGGGACGACCUCCAGGAGGGCUAUCAGCUGGACGGCCGGCUCAUUCGGCCGCUUAUUUUUGGAAUCAAAAACACAGAUUAUAG